AUGGAGAGGGAAAGGAAAAGUAGAGAGGAAUUUGUAAUGAAAAAUUUUAGAGGCGGAAAUUUGGUGGGGAAAAGAGAGGGAAAUUGUACUCCAUCACCUACUUGGAAAUUUGGGUUAGUUCAACCAGAUGGUUCUCUAGUUCAAGAUUUCAAUUUUCCCCCAAAUGCCACUCUUUCUGCUAGAAAGCUUGGUGCCAGUCUCUGGGAGGAACAACCCCACCUCAAUCUUAAGAUGAACAAAGAUGGGUCUAAGCCUAAUCAUCACAAAAUUGAGGAAUUUAAGGUUUCAAAACAGUUGUCUGAACUCUCUGAUAGAUCCCCAGAGCAGGCAACAAGUGGCAGUGGUUUGAGAAAGCAGGUUUCAGCAAUAACUACACGACAUAAUCCGAGGCUUAAAAGAGUCGGCCAUGUUCAACAGCCCGUAUCCCCUGCUAGUUACUGUAGCUCGAUGGAGAUGCCUUCGUACAGACCGACCCAUUCCCCAAGUAGUUCUUUGGACUCUAAGGGUAAAUUUGGCGUGCCAAGUUACAGCCUCCAAACAUCCACAGAGUUACUUAAAGUACUCAAUAGGAUUUGGAAACUUGAAGAAAAGCAUGAAUUAAAUAUGUCGUUAAUAAAAACAUUGAAAAGGGAACUGGAUCACUCGAAUGUAAAGGUUAAAGAAUUACUGCAAGAGAAGAAAAGAGAUCAACAGGAAAUUGCUGAGUUGAUGAAGGAAAUAACUGAAGAUAAAGUUGCUAGGAAAUACAAGGAGCAACAACAAAUGAAAGAUGCAUUUGAGUCGAUUGGGCACGAGUUAGAGGAUAAAAGAAAAUUAAGAAAGCAUUCGGAAAAUCUUCAUUACAAGCUAUCUGGGGAACUUUCAGAAGUGAAAUCUUUGUUCUCUACUGCUUUGAAUGAACUUAAACAGGAGAGAAUAGCGCGGAUAUUGCUAGAAGAUCUGUGUGAUGAGUUUGCAAAAGGAAUAAGAGAUUAUGAACAAGAGAUACGGUUGUUGAGGCAGAAAUCUCAUGAGAAUCAAAUUGGAAGGGAAGGGAAUGAUGGCUUGAUUCUUCAUAUUUCUGAAGCUUGGUUAGAUGAACGAAUGCAGAUUAAGUUGGCAGAUGCUCGUGAUGUUGCAGGAAAACCAUCGGUUGUGGACAAGUUAAGAUGUGAAAUCGUAACUUUUCUUCGAGCAAAACAAUCUGGGAAUUCUGAAAUAAAUGAUUUUAUAUCCUCAGAAAAGCCAAGGGAAAGUAACUCAUGCAGGCGUUCUUUGGAAUCUCAAUUGAAUAAAGGGUUGAGUUUGAAGCAAGGAAAUGAUGGCGCCAAGGAACCAGCAUCAAUCAUUUUGGAUAGUCUUUCGAUAGAAACAGCAAAAUCAAAACCCAAAAAGAAAAAGGCAGUGUCUCAAGAAGUUAAGGGUUCUGAUCCAUCUAGACGGCAGAUUCAGUCGGAAGAACAAGUCAUGCGCAAUCACCAUUCCGUGAAUGAGGAACUGGCAAAAGAAAACCAAGACGAAACGACCAAUAAUUUGCCAACUAACUUAAUCAGGAAUCCUUCUUUGGCAUCUGAAGGUAAGAAACUUCGUAAUGGAAAUGACUAUACAGCAAGUUCUUUUGAUCUGUCUACAUUUACUGGUCCUAGUCCAGUUCUAAAAUGGACAUCUGAGGUAAAAGCUGCAGAUCCCAACAUGUUGGAACCUUUCUCGAGAUGGGGUCGAAGCUUCAAACCGAAUACUUUGCAGGAAAAGUUGCUGGAAGCACGUGACCAUGUUGAGCAAAAGGGAUACUCGUCACUCCUAUCCUUUACAGUGACUGAUAUCAACAGUACGGUGACAAAACUGAUGGCUUUGGGUGCAGAGAUGGAUGGUCCAAUCAAAUAUGAGGUCCAUGGAAAGGUUGUGGCUAUGAGGUGUGUUGAUGGCCAUGUCUUAGGUCUCUACGAGCCUGCUUAG